UGGGAUUACAGGCAUGUGACACCACACCCGGCUAUGUGCUGUAUAUUCUAAAUGGGUAAAAGACCAAGCGUUAAGAGAUUUUUUUUUAGCUCAAUUUGAAUGGCAAGUUCUGUUGUUUUCUAAUUGGUACAAAGCCAUAAUCUAGAGCAGUAAUUCAGUGCUUAGCUGAGCACAUUUAUCAUCGUCCAGAUUGUUAAAAAUGGAGAAGUACACUUGACUCAGAGAGUGACUUCGUUUUGCAGGCUUUGUGAUGCACCUAAGUCCUUAAUAUGCCUGGCUAACCUUAGGGCUACUCCACCUCCCAUUUUUUUGUCAGAGGGCUGAAGAAUGUGCUAAUGGAAAUUCUUUCCUGGUACUGAGUUUCUACCAGAGGUUUUUUUUUUUUUUUUUUUUUCUUUCGUUUCUUUCCUGGUAUUGAAUUAAGAGAUCAUUGAGCUAAGUCCUCAGCCCUUUUAAUUUUGAGAGAGGGUCUCACUCAGUUGCCCAGGGUGCUCUUCAAUUUAAGAUCGCCUGCCUCAGACCUCUGAAAUAGCUGGGAUUUCAGCGUGGAGCCAGGUGCAUUGGGAAGCUCUGGGUGGGGGAAGGGAUUGAAGCAUUUUAAUAAAUAUAUUUUGUUAUAACAAGAUGUGAUUGAACAAAAUAUUUCAGAACAGCAAACAAUUGCAGGGACUGUGCGCUUCCCAACUAUUGGCUCAUUCUUUCUGCAAGAGAGAAUUUUUGUAGGUUUAAAAAAAAUUAAUAGGGGAUUCCGCCAUAUGGUUUUGUAAGACUCCUCACUGGAUCGGGAAUUAAACAUGAAACUUCUCAUUGGGUAUUUUCGAAACUACCACAGGGAAUCAGCUGCCAGCUUACUGCACGGUGGAAAAGUGCACGAGAUUCCGGGAUUGGAAUCAAAAUGCUAAUUUAAAAGGUCAAGUGGAGCGGCGCCUCACGUUUUGCCGUGCUUGAGCUCGGAGCGGGCGGAGCAGACAAAGAACCGGCCAAGGAGGGUAGACGCCGAGGCUCAUCCGAUUCUCUUUUCCCGAAAUCUAGUCAUGCCUGAAAUGCCACAGGACAUGGAACAGGACGAAGUGAACCUCCCCAGCAGGCGAGUUCUGGUUACUGGUGCCACCGGGCUUCUUGGCAGAGCUGUGUACAAAGAAUUUCAGCAGAACAACUGGCGUGCAGUUGGUUGCGGUUUCAGAAGAGCAAGGCCAAAAUUCGAACAGGUCAAUCUGUUGGAUUCUGAAGCAGUUCAUCACAUCAUUCAUGACUUUCAGCCUCAUGUCAUAGUACAUUGUGCAGCAGAGAGAAGACCAGAUGUUGUGGAGAAUCAGCCAGAUGCUGCUUCUCAGCUUAAUGUGGAUGCUUCUGGGAAUUUAGCAAAGGAAGCAGCUGCAGUUGGAGCCUUUCUCAUCUACAUUAGCUCAGAUUAUGUGUUUGAUGGAACAAAUCCGCCUUAUAGGGAGGAAGACAUACCAGCUCCCCUAAAUUUGUAUGGCAAAACGAAAUUGGAAGGAGAAAAGGCCGUCCUGGAGAAUAAUUUAGGAGCUGCUGUUUUGAGAAUCCCUGUUCUGUAUGGGGAGGUUGAAAAGCUUGAAGAAAGUGCCGUCACUGUCAUGUUUGAUAAAGUGCAGUUCAGCAACAAGUCAGCAAACAUGGACCACUGGCAGCAGAGGUUUCCCACUCACGUCAAGGAUGUGGCCAGUGUGUGUCGACAGCUGGCAGAGAAGAGGAUGCUGGAUCCGUCAAUUAAGGGGACAUUCCACUGGUCUGGCAAUGAGCAGAUGACUAAGUAUGAAAUGGCGUGUGCGAUCGCAGAUGCCUUCAACCUCCCCAGCAGUCACUUAAGACCUAUUACUGACAGCCCUGUCAUAGGAGCACAACGUCCGAGAAAUGCUCAGCUUGACUGCUCCAAAUUGGAGACCUUGGGCAUUGGCCAGCGAACACCAUUUCGAAUUGGAAUUAAAGAAUCACUCUGGCCUUUCCUCAUUGACAAGCGGUGGAGACAAACAGUUUUUCAUUAGUUUAUGUGUACUUGUGUUUUUUUGUUUUAAUGAAAAGUAUGGUAUGUGGCACUUUUUAAAGAAAAAAAAAGGAAAUAGUUUUGUAUGAGUACUCUUCUGUUUGUGACUCAGUUUUUCAGGUAAAUGAUGCUCUUGCACUAGUGAAGGUGUGUAAAGAAACUCAAAGGGCAUUGAUGCCUGCCUUGUAUGCAUUAAUGAUUUUUCUCUUUUAUCAUUUUGUUCUGGCUUAAUUUGAAUAAAAUUAAGAUUCUUAAAUAUCUGAGAGCCAGAAUGAAACAGAUCUGCUGUAAACUUAUUUUGGAUGAAAUGCAUUGUUCACUCCUAUAACUCAUAUUUUCACGGUUUGUUUUUGCAGCUGUUGACUAUUGUAUGUUGAUUGUUUUCAAGUGUGUGAAGUUGUAUAAAAAUCAUUGGUGUUCAUUAUUUGCUUGAGCUCAGAUCAAAUGUUUGAAGAAAGAAACUUUAUUUUUGCAACUUAAGUACAAUUUUUAUGCUUGAGGUACUUCAUGUUACAUAUAGCAGAAUUUCUGCAGCCUGAUGCCCCCUGCUUUUGUAGCAGUGUAUGGUAAGCACUUGAGAGUAUGUAUGUGUAUUUUUUUAAUAUAAAUGUAUAACUGUCCUUUUCACUCCAUGUUGCUAAGUGAUAUUUCAUACACGGUUAUACUAAUAAUAACAACCCUUGUAAGUCUUGACCACUCAUGAGUAAUAAAUAUGUACUGUUGGCAUGAA